AUGUCGCUGGUUCCAUACUCCUCUCGCGACAGCCGCGAUAUUGUGCUUCGCCAUGACGAUGCGAUUGUGGUCCGCGACCCUCAAACUCAGCAACUCAUACUCCGAGGCGCGGUUCAAUCCUAUCAUGACUGUCCGACAUGCCACCGACCAUUCCGAAGUCCCUCUCCUGACCGAAAUAACUCUCCUCAUCGAACUGGGCCUUUUAUAAGUCGAGAUUACUUUCGCUUGCUCCAGGCUACAAAUGGCGAGUCCGACGAACAAGUCCCUCCAUCGAGCCCUAUUCGGCGCCUUGUAGAACCAGCGUUUCCCUCCGAUGGGAGCAGCGCGGCAGGUUCGGUGUCAGAAGCAGAAUUUGUGACGAGUACACCGGCACCCCAAGCGGGACAGAGUAUCAGGAAGGAUGCGUUUAGUCCGAAUUACUUCAACAAGUUCUUCGUGGUGGAGAAGGAGCUCGGCAGAGGUGGGAAAGGGGUGGUUUUACUAGUCCGUCAUCAAUUGGAUGGCGUCUCCCUGGGUCAAUUCGCCUGCAAGAGAGUCCCGGUUGGAGAUGACCACGCUUGGCUGGAGAAAGUUCUCGUUGAAGUACAGCUUCUUCAAGAACUUUCACAUGCAAACUUGGUCUCGUAUCGACAUGUUUGGCUGGAAGACACAGUAAUAAAUCAAUUCGGCCCUUCGGUAGCUUGCGCGUUCAUCCUUCAGCAAUACUGCAACUCUGGAGAUUUGCUGCAUUACAUUAUUGGCGACACACCCAUUGUGAAGAGCACGAAAGAACAAUUGAAAGAACAGAUGCGCAGGAAAUCGAGAGGGCAGAUGGAACGUCCAGAUCUGAGAUCCCAAAGGAAACUAUCUUUCGAGGAGAUCUAUUCCUUCUUCAAAGACAUCACCUCUGGAUUGGCCCAUCUUCAUCAUGCGAACUACAUCCACCGGGACCUCAAACCAAGCAAUUGUUUGCUGCACAAGGAUGGGAACGAAUUCCGGUGUCUGAUAAGUGACUUUGGAGAGGUUCAACCGGAGAAUGUGGCAAGAAAGUCAACUGGAUCGACAGGGACGAUAUCAUACUGCGCCCCUGAGGUCUUGAAGCGGAACGAGUUUGGCGGAUAUGGAAAUUUCACCACCAAAUCUGAUAUUUUCAGUCUUGGAAUGAUCCUGUACUUCAUGUGCUUUGGACGACUUCCAUACAAGAGCGCGGACAGCAUCCAAGAAGAAUUCGAGGACCUUGAUAUGCUGCGAGCAGAGAUCAGUACCUGGUCAGGAUUUCAGGAUGAGCGUCGUGAAAGACCUGAACUUCCGAAUCAGCUCUACGAUUUCUUGAAGCGGCUACUAGCCCUGAAUCCAGCUGACCGACCAAGUGCGAACGAUAUUCUCAACGCCAUCCGCACUGAGAAAGGACUCGAAAAUCCUUCUCGCACGAGGAAUGGGAGUGGCGCUGGACUUGGUGGUCGGAGAAUCCAAGCUAUCGAUUCCCCAAUGCCACCAAGUACCCCUGUCAAUGGUAAUCAAUCCUCCCGAUGUCUGCGUUUCUGCUGA